AAGUGCGCGAGUGUUGCUUUUAUUUAAUUAAUCAACAAAUAAUUAAGAAACAAAGCCAUGUCCGCAACUGAGGCACUGAAUGUGGAGGCCGUUGCGCCCGAAGUUGUCGCACCACCUACUGGUGAAGAUGCGAAAAAACAGAAGAAACCAAAGCCGAACAAUAAAAAACUGCGGCAAGAAGCAGCUGCCAAGAGGGCUGCUGAGGGCGGUGAAGAUGCCGCCGUUGAUGGGAAUGCUGUAACAAAUGGCGAUGGUGUUGGAAAAAAGGCGGCGGCGUCGGCGCCGGCAGCAGCGGCGGCAAGUAAGAAGAAGAAUAAGGGCAAGAAAAGUGGGGGCGGGCAAACGGAUCCACCCACCAUACCAAUUGCAGAGCUCUUUCCGAAUGGUGCCUUUCCCGAGGGUCAGAUUAUGGAGCAUCCCACGCCCAAGGAUCUGCCUGACGAUCGCACUGCCAAGGAUCGCUUCACCUCGGAAGAGAAACGCACGCUGGAUCGCAUGCACAAUGAUAUCUACCAGGAGUUGCGUCAAGCUGCCGAGGCGCAUCGUCAGACACGUCAGUAUAUGCAGGGAUACAUUAAGCCCGGCAUGACAAUGAUACAGAUUUGCGAAGAACUUGAGAAUACGGCGCGCCGUCUUAUUGGCGAGAAUGGAUUGGAGGCCGGCCUGGCUUUCCCCACCGGCUGCUCACUGAACCAUUGUGCCGCCCACUACACGCCCAAUGCGGGCGAUACAACGGUGCUGCAACACGACGAUGUGUGCAAAAUUGAUUUUGGCACACACAUCAAAGGGCGUAUCAUUGAUUGUGCAUUUACACUGACGUUCAACAAUAAGUACGACAAGUUGCUGCAGGCGGUCAAGGAGGCGACCAACACGGGUAUUAAGGAGGCGGGCAUUGACGUCCGUCUAUGUGACAUUGGCGCGGCCAUUCAAGAGGUAAUGGAAUCUUACGAAAUCGAACUGGACGGCAAGACGUAUCCCAUCAAAUCGAUACGCAAUCUAAAUGGACACUCCAUUAGCCCCUACCGCAUACAUUCGGGCAAGACGGUGCCCAUUGUGAAGGGCGGCGAAUCGACACGCAUGGAGGAGGACGAAUUCUAUGCCAUUGAAACCUUUGGCUCAACUGGUCGUGGUCUCGUGCACGAUGAUAUGGACUGCUCGCAUUACAUGAAGAACUUUGAUCUGCCAUUUGUGCCGCUGCGCCUUCAAUCCUCCAAACAGCUGCUGGGCACAAUUAACAAGCAUUUCGGCACGCUGGCCUUCUGCAAGCGUUGGUUGGAUCGCGCCGGCGCCACCAAAUAUCAAAUGGCGCUCAAGGAUCUGUGCGACAAGGGCAUUGUCGAGGCCUAUCCACCGCUGUGCGAUAUCAAAGGUUGCUAUACGGCCCAAUACGAGCACACCAUUAUGCUGCGACCCACCUGCAAGGAGGUGGUCUCGCGUGGCGACGACUAUUAAACUGGUUGGUUGGCAAAACAUUAUUAGCAUGCAUUACAACACGUUUUGAUAUUAAGUUCAUUCAAUUGUUGAUUUUUGUGAGCAUAUGAAACGAUUUCAAUAUAUACAGUAUAUAAUGUGGUAAGUA